GUGGAUCUAUACGAAGGUCGAGAGCUCUGCGGUAGAACCGUCUCCAAGAUUAGCACGGACGUUUGCCAAUCUCGUCGCUUCCAUCCUCCGCUUCGCCGGCGACCUCGAUCCUCCCAAGCAAGCAGUUCCUGGAUCUCCAUGCCUCAGGCUUGUUCGAAAUCUCGUACACCAAGGGUACUUUCAUCUAUGCUGCAUGUAAUAGCCUCUAUUCCAAGGCAUCACCAUGCUCUCGGGCUCUCCAGAUGUCAGCUCUGCCUUCAUCUCUGGUCAGAGGCAUGUUUUUUGAUCUCGCCAUGCCACAGUGAACUCCAUCAGCCUCGGUUGGAGCCGCCAUCUAUAGCAGUAUAAACCGGCUAUGAUCCACUUCGAUGCUUCCCUCUUCCUACGGGACCUGCAGCGUCCAAUUGGCCUGGAAGUGAUCAUUCGUUCUAAGAAGAAUACUCCACUGUGCAUUAUUAACCGGCCAUGAAAGGCAUAUGCCUCUCCUUUGCCGUUCUAUGGCUCCUGCAGCUUGUCGCUGCCUCUGGUGACCUAGUCGAGCUGGUCCCACUCCCUCGUCAUCUCUGGGACCAAUCCAUCCGUAAGCGGGAUGAAGCUACUGAGGCUGCCAACGUCACCUUGAUGGACCACGAGCAAAUGCUUUGGACUAGCCCUCCCAAUGAUACGCAUCCGAAGAUUGUGUCCAUGGUCCUCUGGACUGGACAGGACCGGCUCAUCCUCGACAUGGCCAAGUUUGGCUGGGAGCUCAAGACCGUGAAUUGCACCGAGAACAUGAUGGUGCAGUUCCGUCACAACAUCAGCUUCCAGGCCGCGAAGAAGCAAUGGGACUGGGUCAACUUCAACGGCAUGCGCUCUUUCGUCAUGAUCGCGGAUCACAUCAAGUGCGGUAGGGACUGGUCGCCGAACCCAUGGCUCGUCAGCACCGUUCGUUUCGAUCCGUCUACACUGAAAGUCUUCAUGGAGGCUGAGAAGAAGACCUGGAAGAACAUAACCCGCUCCUACGCCAUGGACUUUGGGGAAGUGCAGACUGGACGCAAGCGGCUCCUGGACUUCAACCUCGACAAAGCAUUUACCCUUGACCUCGCUUCAACGUUUCCCAGCAAGAUCAUUGCCAAGAACUGGACUUCAGGUAACACAAAAGCUUCUUUCGGAGUGAGCUGCGUCGACUGCGGUACGUCAGGCCAGCUUGUGUUUGCUGGCCACAUCGAGGGCAGCGCUUUCGGUGGUAUCGACAAAUUUAUGGUCAGCGCUACUCCAGUGGGUCUUCAAGCUGCUCUCAAUCUUGAGGUCGCUUUUGAAGGCAUCUACAAAUUCACCAAUAACAAAGAGGAGUUUGAUCUCCUCACUAUCCCUUUGCCCUAUGGCUGGACCAUCCCCGGCGUGUUGACGUUCGGUCCGAACGCCAAGGUCAUUGCAGGGUACUCGCUCGACAGUAUCCAAGGAUCAGCAACCGUUACCACCGGUGUGGCAGCAAAGAUCCCGGACGACUCCCUAGCGAAGGUCGACCUCUUUGGCAAGAAGAAGCUCGAUGUCCAUGGCUGGAUUCCGACAUUCGAGACUAAGCCACUCGAGAUACAAGCCGAGAUCACUGCCGGUGCAUCCCUUUACACUAAGCUCGCAGUAGCUGUUAGCAUUGAAGUUCUCGAUGAGAACGGUGUCAACGUGGACGUGAAUCUUCAGUUCCCGAAGCUCAUUAUUGCUGCCACUGGUGGCUAUAACGCGGAGGGCUUUUGCUCGACCGGUGGCGAUACUUUCGGCGUCUCCCUGGAUGUCUCCCUUGGUUGUGAGCUCGAGCUGGAGGGGUGGGCAGAGGUCGAUGGGAACCGCAAAGUUCUCUUCGAGGUCGACCUGUACGAAAACGAUCACCUCUAUGACUUUCCUACCCUUUGUAUAGGUAUGGGCGGAGACAGCGAUUCGUCCUGCGCUGCCGUUCCCCAAACUGACGAUGCGGACUGGUUCUACAAUGAAAUCGACUCGCCCAACGACAACGACUCAUUUGACGAGGACCCUUACGCCACCCCUUACCCUACUGGACUUAGCAUACGCAAGCGCAACGUCAAAGACCCGUACUUUAUGGAAUGCGACAAAUGUGAGGGUGAGAACUGCAAGCGGCAGUAUCCGAUUCAGAUGAGGCCGUAUCCUGGGCCAGGCAACCUGGCUAAAAAUGUAGCCAGCGGGAAAGCCGAUGUCCCAGUCAUGGAGCCAGGCUCUUAUGACUGCGAUGACAGCGAUUGGCACAACUGUGAUGUAGGUAAAUGGGGUGUCAGCCCAUCAAGUGUCCCAGCACCCCAGGCUCCCGCCAAGGUCGGCGACCUCUGGGAUGCGGAGCAUGUCUACGAAGGCGACUUCAUCAAAUCGUUCCUUGAUCAUCUCUACGAGACCCAUUUCAAAGCGCAGGGCGAGAAGGAAGGGUGUGCCGCUCUGGCUGGCAUCUUCAAGCUCAAGGAGGGCGGGGGCUGGAUGGACCAGCUGAUGAAUCAGCUCGGCAGAACAUACACUGUCAACAAGACCAUGACUCUUUUCACCAAGAAGGAGAACCAGCUUAAGCACCGUGUAAGUGACAUUGUGCAGAUCGAUAGUAAGGCGGAAGAUUCCCCCAGCAAGGAUGUCAGGCUGUGUAGGAUUCGCCGCGUUGUCAACUCCUGCAGAUACCUGAUGCAUGAGAAGACGAAGGACCGCAUGAGGUGGUCCAUCGUCGGAUAUACUCUCAAGAGCGGUCCCUUUCCCGGAGUCAAUGGCAUCUUGUAA